AUGCAGCGCGGCGAGAGUCGAGUCGCGUCCGCCGUCGCCAUCCACGACGUGAUGGUCGAGCGGGCGCCGGCGCUGGCGGAGGCGCGAGACUCGCCCAGAUUCGCUGACGCCCUCUACCAGCCCAUCGAGCGCAUCUGGGAAGGCGGCGAGGGGGUCAUCGCCCUUCCCAUCUGGGCCUACACCCCCGACGGCAAGUUCACCACGCAGCUCUCGCCUUCGCAGCCUAGUGAGGCGACUGGUGCUCGUGCGGCGGAGAUCGGGCUCGAGAUCGGGCACGAGUUUGUGCAGCAGCCGGGCCAGCUCACCUUCCUCAACAACCACCAGGCGAGAUCUUCCAAACGGCGUCCUUUCGUUUGUCGCUCCAAUGCCGACUAG